UGCUCAGACACAAUGUUAGAAUUUAAUCUAAUAUUAUUAUUCUUGUGUGUGCUUAUUUAUAUUACUGGUAUAUCAGCACAAUUAUCAGAAGAGGAUUUGGCAAAGUUUAUAUCAGAAGCUAUGCAAAGCAACCAGACAUUGGAUUAUGAUUUUGGGAAUUCCACGGAGAAACCUUGUGAGCCGUACACUCCUGUCAAACCAGUUUUCACACAAAAUGCUAUAAGCGAAAUUAAAUGUAUGGAGUAUAUAUGGGAGAUGGAAAACAGAGAAAAGGAAGCACAGUGGGCAGAACGGUGCCGCACAUAUUUGAUUAUUCAGAUCAAGAAAGGAUAUUUUCCAGAAGCGUUCUUUUUUAUAAAGCCUCCUUUUAUAUUUGGUGGAAUCGGAGCCAAGCCUAAAGAAUUCCCUCAUAUGGGUGCAGUUGGAUGGAGAGCUAAGAACACAACACAGAAAUGGGUUUACAAGUGUGGGAGCACUCUUAUAAGCGAUAAAUUCUUGUUAACAGCCGCUCAUUGCUCGAAGCUAGUUUUGAGCAGAACCAAAGAUGUCGUCAACAGCGUCCCCGAAGUUGUCAUGCUGGGACUGGAAAAUCUGGAAACAGAUGAGUUUGACAUACACGGUAAACCGAUCCUGCAAGAAAUCGAAAGAAUAAUCGUCCAUCCGUUGUACGCGCCGCCUAAGAAGUAUAAUGACAUCGCUCUCAUCGAGAUGAAGACUGCUGUGAGAUUCGCUCCAGAAGUACAACCAGCUUGUCUCUGGUCGAGAGAGGAUGUGGAGGUUCCUGGACAGAACGUCACCAUAACGGGAUGGGGAACGACUGAAUCCGGUGACCAGGCUCAUUUGCUGCAGAAAGCAGUAGUAGAUGUGCUGGAAAAUCGUCAAUGUGACCAGCUGCUCCAGGACACCCGAAAUCGCAACUGGCACGGACUAGUCGAGAGUCAGCUGUGUGCGGGGAAAUUGGAAGGCGGUGUUGAUACGUGUCAGGGUGACUCCGGAGGGCCUCUCCAGACGAUCAUACCGACUGAAACUGAAGGCAAGAUUUAUAGGAUAAUGGGCGUCACAUCCUUCGGAAUUAAAUGCGGUGUACAGAAGAGGCCGGGAAUAUACACUCGAGUGUCCACUUAUGUAGACUGGAUAGAGGGGAUCGUGUGGGCGAAAAAUAAUAUUGAGGAUAGGAACUUUCCAGGAGUCAGGCUGUUCAAGCUAAAAGGCACAACAAGAAGUUCAGCACCUCGAUCCUUUGUAGAUCAUAAUAUAUAUAUUUUGUUUUUAUUUUUUUCUUAUUUCGUGUCGACGAGUCUGCGCUGA